GAUAUCGAAAUAGGUUCUAAUGGCAUGACAAGCACUGAGGAAGUCAUAAAUAUUCUCGUCAAGUCAUACAAGUCAUCUGGAACAUUCCAACAAGUUCAGCAGGUGCAUGUUGUCUAAGAUAUGCCAACAGAAACAAGGAAGUUUGGAGAAUAAGGGAAGCCAAGCAAGCUUCAUUACCCAGUGCCAAGUUCUGACAAGGAGAUCGUUUGUGAACAUGUAUCGUGAUCUAGGCUAUUAUUGGCUUCGCCUUGCAAUCUAUAUUGCUCUGUGUUUAUGUGUUGGGACUAUUUACUAUGACAUUGGCUUCACUUUUGGCUCAAUCCAGGCUAGAGGUUCAAUGUUGAUGUUUGUUGCGGCCUUUCUCACUUUUAUGGCAAUCGGUGGAUUCCCUUCUUUUGUUGAGGAUAUGAAGAUAUUUGGGGGAGAAAGAUUAAAUGGGCACUACGGUGUUGGCGCGUAUGUGAUUGGAAACACAUUAUCUUCUAUUCCUUACUUGCUCAUCAUCUCUUUAGCUCCUGGAGCAUUAGCUUAUUACCUUGUUGGCCUUCAAAAGAGCUUCCAACACUUUGCCUGCUUCGCAUUGCUACUCUUUGCGUGCAUGAUGUUGGUCGAAAGCCUAAUGAUGAUCGUCGCGAGUAUAGUGCCAGAUUUUCUCAUGGGUAUCAUCACCGGUGCCGGAAUACAAGGUGUGAUGAUUUUGAAUGGAGGUUUCUUCCGGCUGCCGGACGAUCUUCCUAAGCCUUUCUGGAGAUACCCAAUGUACUAUAUUGCGUUCCAUAAGUAUGCAAACCAAGGAUUCUACAAGAAUGAGUUUGAAGGAUUAACGUUCCCUAAUAACCAAGUAGGAGGGCCUCCCACCAUCACUGGCAACUAUAUCUUGAGAAAUACUUGGCAGGUGGAGAUGGGCUACUCCAAGUGGAUUGAUCUUGCUGUUUUGCUGGGAAUGGUGAUAAUAUAUAGGCUCAUGUUUUGGGGAAUUAUAAAGACUGUCGAAAAGGUUAAGCCAAUUUUUAAAGCUCUUGGAGCUAGGCCUCCAAAGUAUUCACAAUAGAGCAUCGACAACUCUUGAUAUAAUAAUGCUCUAGCUUGAAGUGUGUAAGAAGUGCUCUAGUCGUUUUGAGUGAAUCAAUAAUUAAUACUUUGUUCUUCUGAUCCUUCUUCAAUAAAGAUGUUUGUACUCUGCUUGAAUUGCAGUUCAAGUGUAAUUACCCGUACAUAUAUAGUAGUUGUUAAGGAUAAUAUUGAGCAAUAUUCUCAGUGUUUAUAGUCA